AUGAAGUACUCGCUCGCUGCCGUCCUGCUCGGCGCCCUCGCCGUCUCUGCGCAGACAUCCACAGAGUGCAACCCCCUGAAGCAGAGCUGCCCGGCCGACCCUGCGCUGUCCGGCAAUGCUGUCUUCGACCUCACCAACGAGAGCCCGCGCUUCCAUGCCACCGGCGGCUCCCCUACCUACGGCAAAGACGGAGCCAGCCUCACCAUCGGCAAGCGGUACGACGCCCCCAAGCUGACCUCGGACUUCUACAUCAUGUUCGGCUACGUCGAGUGGGUGGUCAAGGCCGCCCCGGGCCAGGGCAUCGUCUCCUCCGCGGUGCUGCUGUCCGACUGCCUCGACGAGAUCGACUGGGAGAUCCUGGGCAGCGACCCCAACCGCGUGCAGAGCAACUUCUUCGGCAAGGGAGACACCACCACCUACGACCGCGUCCAGUACCACAAUGUGCCCGGCACCACCGAGGGCUUCCACAAGUACGCCGUCGACUGGACCGCGGACAAGACGACCUUCUACAUCGACGGGCAGCAGGUCCGCGAGCUCACCCCGGCCGCCGCCAAGGGCCAGUACCCCCAGACGCCCAUGCGAGUCCUUGCCGGCAGCUGGGCUGGUGGUGACCCAUCUAACAACGAGGGAACCAUCGAAUGGGCGGGCGGCAAGACGGACUUCUCAAAGGUCCCCUUCACCAUGCUCGUCAAGUCGAUCUCCGUGACGGACUACUCCACCGGCAAGGAAUACCGCUACUCCGACAUGUCCGGCAAGUGGGAGUCCAUUGAUGCUGUUGGCGGAAAGGUCAACAAGUCAGGCCAGCCCGGUUCGGGCCCUAAGGUAGAGUCCUCCACGCUGCCAUCCAGCCCAAGCACCAGUGCCCAUGCUCCCGUUCCCACCGUCCCUGGCGGCGGCAUCGGGAAUCCCCAGGCCCCCAGCACCGGACCCUCUCCUCCCAAGCCAACUCCCUCAAAUGGACCCUCCUCAACGAUGACUUCCCUCGCAGGCCUCCCGAGCAGUUGGAUCGUAACCGAGACGGGAACUGGGGGAGUCGUAACGCCGACGUCGGCUGCUGUAAGUAGAAACAACAUCUCAUCAAUCCGAUCAUACCUCCCGGUCUUCUCGAUCUGUCUUCGUCCUCGGUCUCGCCCUCGUUCUGGUAACGGCGGACAUGGCAUGACCCCCUCGUCUGGUUCUGGAAGCACUCCCACUGGCACUGGCUCUCACCCUGGCUCUGGCUCUGGCUCUGGCCCUGCUCCUACAGGAAUCAGCGGCAGCAACCCUACCGAUGGCGGUGCAUCCCCAACCAGCCCAGCAAUGCAGGCUCCUGGCAGCACCGGUGCAAUCCACUCUGUCAGCCGCGUCCUGGUCCUCUCCUUCUGCGCCAUGGCCGCCUGGGCUGCUCUCUAA